ACACCAUUUAUUCAUGGAUCACUUCCCUUUGCAAGAAAAUUAUGGUCUCAUCAUACUUGAAGCUUUGGCCAUAACUCUACUCCUCUACAUCUUAUCCUUCAGAUUCAUUUGUAACAAAACCACUACAACUGUACCUGAAGCAAGUGGUGCAUGGCCUAUAAUUGGCCAUUUCAACCUUUUUGGAGCAUCAUCGAGUCUUCCUCAUCUAGCCUUGGCAUCCAUGGCUGACCGAUAUGGACCAAUUUUCACUGUUCGACUUGGCAUACGAAGAGUCUUGGUGGUGAGUAGUUGGGAGAUUGCUAAGGAGAUCUUCACCACCCACGAUGUGAUUGUUUCCAACCGUCCCAAAUACCUUGCAGCCAAGGUUUUGGGACACAACUAUGCUUCUUUCUCAUUCGCUCCUUACGGUCCGUAUUGGCGCGAAAUCCGUAAAAUCGUCUCCAUGGAGUUGUUGUCCAGUAGCCGCCUGGAGAAGCUUAAGUUUAUUCAAGUGUUUGAACUGGAGAACUCCAUUAACAACAUGCUCGAGCUUUGGAGGGAGAAAAGAGACGCGAAUGGGAAAGCGUUGGUGGAGAUGAAGACAUGGUUUGGGGACCUGACUAUGAAUACAGUGCUUAGAAUGGUCGCCGGAAAACGGUAUGCUGCAACUGAUCGUUAUGACGAUGAAGAUUGGGAGGAAAUGAAGAGGCGUCGGGAAGUGAUGAGGGAAUGGUUUCUUCACGUAGGGAGGUUUGUGGUGGCAGACACUCUUCCUUUUCUAGGGUGGUUGGAUUUGGGUGGCCAUGAGAAGACCAUGAAAAGAGUUGCCACAGAACUAGAUUCCAUGCUUGAGAAUUGGUUGGAUGAGCACCGCCGGAAGAGGGCUUCCGACGCCACUUUGCCAGAAAAAGACUUCAUGGACGUGAUGAUGUCCGUGGUAGAAGCUGACGUCUCACCGGAUUAUAACGCAGAAACCAUUAUUAAAGCUAAUUGCAUGACUCUUAUUGUAAGUGGCACGGAUACAACCGCUGUAACGCUAACUUGGGUGCUCGCUUUGUUACUAAACAACCGCUAUGCUCUCGUAAAGGCUCAACAAGAAAUAGAGAUGCACAUCGGGAAAGAUAGACAAGUAAACGAAUCAGAUAUAAAAAACCUCGUCUACCUCCAAGCUGUAGUAAAAGAAGCAUUGCGACUAUAUCCAGCCGCAUUGCUUGGAGGUCCAAGAGCCUUUUCGGAAAACUGCACAGUAGCUGGAUACCAUGUCCCGAAAGGCACAUGGUUAUUAAUCAACAUGUGGAAGCUCCAUCGCGAUCCGAAAAUAUGGUCAGACCCGUUAGAGUUUCGACCGGAGAGGUUCCUGACCCCUGACCAUAAGGAUGUUGAUGUUAAGGGGGGUGACUUUGAGUUGAUUCCUUUUGGUGCAGGAAGAAGAUCAUGCCCUGCUAUAGGUUUUGGACUUCAAAUGUCACAUAUGGUUGUAGCCACUUUGCUACAUAACUUUGACAUGUGGACUCCAAAUGGUGAACCUGUAGAUAUGACUCCAACCGCUGGCAUGACAAACGCUAAGGCAACUCCGUUUGAUGUUGUUUUUGUCCCACGCUUGGUUGCAAAAACUAUUGGUUGAACACUUCAAUUCACGACGACGGACCGAUUAAUGUUCAAGUUUCGUUUUUAUUUUUAUAAGACAUUACUUGGAAAAAUGAAAUAUAAAAAUUUCACUAC